AUGGCCACCAUAGCUACUGAGAUGAUGCUUCGCUGUGCCACUGAUUGUAGCUUAUCGCUUAACGAUUUUAAUAUUGAACGACGGCCAUACCACAAGAACUGCGGUUGUGCGUUGCACAAGUUGAAAGGAGUUUGCUCCAAUGAUUGUUCCAAACAAAACAAUAUAUCCUUCGCUAAGAAAAAGUCAUGGCCUGAUUGUUCAUUGUCAACAACCAUGGUAGCUUCAACUUUAUCGUCAAUUUCCAGUAACUUCUCAUGCCAAGCUUCUCGUUCUACUGACACAGCUCUGUCGUCACUUAGAAUCAGAGAGGACGCCAUUGCCAAUGGAGCAUUGCCGUCAACAGUUGGCCGGUCGAAUUAG